GUGCGUCCUCAGCUGACCAUUAACCCUGAUGCACUGGUGUGAUUGACAGAGCUCAUUAGCAGCAGGACACUAGUGGUGAACAGAGCUGUCACUCAGAAGCCCAGCACUGAAGUCAGUAAGGAGAUUGCAGAGCUCAUUUGGCGCACCAGAUGCUGAACUUGUAGGACACACUGGAACAGCAGAGAAGCCUAGCUGAUUAAGCAUUUAGAUGUAUGUGGCACUUUAAUAGACAGCAAUAAUGAUAGGAUUACUGAUUAUUCUGGGGGAAAAUAAUCUGGCAUGCCAAGUGUAGCUGAGGCACUGUAAAGAUUGUUAGAAACCUGAUUUCUUGGGGAAAAAAAACCCCACACAUGCACAUGCUCGCCUCCUGAGCGCUGCUCGCCCUGAAGCCUGUGCCAAGUGCCAAUAGAAUAUUCAUGUAAAUGAGAGGCGUGCCCUGCAGCCAUGGCGGAACUUUACAGCGCGUCCUGCUGUACAAACACUCAGCUGAGAGCCAGCAGCAGGACUGCACCAACACGCUAGAACACACCGGAUUAAAAGCCCUUCAAACCAGCGGAUACAAAGCAGGACAGGACCGAGAAUAACCGAAACCUGCCGAAGAGUCGAGCAAGUUCUCUCUGGAAAGCCAAGCUGAAAGAUACAGGAAAAUAGACAUGCAACUAAAUCAGGGCAGAUCAGUGUAAAGAGUCGGAGGAUAAUCGGGGUUGUGCUUAUUCUCAUGAAGGCAGGUUCUUCAUUACAUUAGCACACUAUUAAACAAGUUCGGGAGUUCUCCAAGCUGAGCACUACUGCGCUCUCUCUCUCUCUCUCUCUCUCUCUGCGCGCUCUCUCUCUCUCUCUCUCUCUCUCUGUGCGCUCUCUCUCGCGCGCGCUCCUGGUCCGCGGUGAUGGCUGAGGAGGACGGAGGCAUGGGGAGUCCGGCGGAGUGCAGCGCUCCGAGCAGCAGCAGCAGCUUCAGCGUACUCAGCUGGGAGCAGGUGCAGAGGCUGGACAACAUACUGACCGAGACCAUCCCGAUCCACGGCCGGGGCAACUUCCCCACGCUGGAGAUGCAGCCGCGGCAGAUCGUGAAGGCGGUGCGGAGUCGCCUGGAGCAAAGCGAGAUCCGAGUGCGCGACGUGCGCCUCAACGGCUCAGCGGCCAGCCACGUGCUGCACGAAGACAGCGGGCUCGGAUACAAGGACCUGGACCUGAUCUUCUGCGCAGAGCUUAAGGGCGAGCGCGAGUUCCAAACAGUCAAGGACAUAGUGCUGGACUGUCUGCUGGACUUCCUACCCGAAGGAGUCAACAAGGAGAAAAUUACACCCUUGACCUUAAAGGAAGCUUAUGUUCAGAAGAUGGUGAAAGUAUGCAAUGACUCAGACCGCUGGAGCCUCAUCUCACUCUCUAACAACAGAGGCAAGAAUGUGGAGCUCAAGUUUGUUGACUCAUUGCGACGGCAGUUUGAGUUCAGCGUGGACUCAUUUCAGAUCAAGCUAGACUCUCUGCUUCUGUUUUAUGAAUGUUCUGAGAACCCAAUGGCCAAAACAUUCCAUCCAAGCAUCAUUGGCGAGAGCGUGUAUGGAGACUUCAGCAUGGCCCUGGAGCACCUGCGCAACAAGCUGAUCUGCACGAGGAACCCGGAGGAGAUCCGUGGUGGCGGACUGCUCAAGUACUGCCAUCUACUGGUGAGGGGCUUCCGAGCAGACUCUGAGAGUGAGAUGAAGUCUCUGCAACGCUACAUGUGCUCACGCUUCUUCAUUGACUUCCCUGACAUCAACGAGCAGCAGCGCAAACUGGAAUCCUACCUCCAGAACCAUUUUGUGGGCUUGGAGGAUCGCAAAUAUGACUAUCUGAUGACGCUGCAUGGGGUGGUAAAUGAAAGCACGGUGUGCCUGAUGGGACAUGAGAGGCGGCAGACAUUAGGGCUCAUCGCCAUGCUGGCUGUUCGUGUGCUGGCUGAGCAGAACGUCAUACCCAAUGUGGCAAACGUCACCUGCUACUACCAGCCUGCCCCUUAUGUAGCUGAUGCCAACUUCAGCAAUUACUAUAUUGCCCAGGUGCAGCCAGUGUUUGCUUGCCAGCAGCACACAUACUCGACCUGGUUACCCUGCAACUGAGCGUGUGGUGAAUUUGAGAAUAAGAGAGAGGGAAAAAAAGGUUGUGUUUUCAUACAGAAGCUGAAUCAGAUUUGCAAAUUUGUCCAGAGCAUUUCAGAGAAGCCCGAGCAAAAUGAUUGUGCUUUCCCACUCUGAAUUAAAAGCCCCAUGAUUUCCAGAGUGCAUAUUAAAGCAAAAUUUGCAAUACAAGGGGUAAAAGAGUCAGCUGACAGUAUUCCUGUUCUGAUUGUAAUUUCAAAAAGCUUUGCUAACAGAUGUCAGGAGGGUUCAGUGUGGCCCUACCAUGCCCAUCUCUGGAAGGAUCUUUAGAGCUUCUUCUGUAGCAAUCUAACAGUCCUAGAGAAUGCAACCAUAGGACAAUUGUUAAACACCUGGCAUCAUACUGGCUGACAUGGACCAAAGACUGGCUUCAUUAGUGCUGUUUUGUGGAAAGCUCCAUGCUAACCAUGUGGGUGCAGCAGCCUUUCUUCAUGUGGUCUGUAUGCAAAGGUACAGAGGACAAAAAAAGAGCUAGAGUCUUCUUUAAGCUCUUACUUUUGAUCUGACACAAAAAAAGGUGAGCGGAACACUUAUUUAAAAUGGCAAAAAUAAAUCUUAGAAAAAGGUCAUAUUCUUGAUAAGAGUUUACAAAACCAAAGAUUUUAUGAUUGUCUCUUUUUAUUGCCCAAAUCUGAAGGUAGAUCCGUCUAUAUUUGUAUAUGUGAAACAUUCAUUCUAAGUGCCUAAUGCAGAAUGGUAAGAACAUUCUGCUCUUGUGAAUAAACUAACCAAGUCCAUGAUCUUCAUAAACAAGAGGACUCAAAGAUUGUGAAUGUAUGGCCGAUUAGUGUGUAAUUUUGGUAGAAGGUCAAUAUGGAAUCAGCAUUGCAGAUGAGAAUUCAAUUCAUAGAAGAGAGAUUAAGACAGAAUAUCUUGAUAUUUGUGGUGCUCUAUUUUUGAAACACUGCGUCAAAACUGAAGAAAAUUAGUUAGCCAAAUUAUCUAUCUCUUAAUUUAUUGUUGCUAGAAAUGAGCAGGAGUCAAACUCAAAUGACUCCCUUAACACAUGUGUUACUGUAUGUAUCAUAAUUAACAAGGUUAGAUUUUUCUGAUUUUUCAUUGCUUAAGCUGUGUAAGUUUGGCGAAAUGCAGUCUUGCCGCAUGACCUGAGGUUGUACAUUUUGGUUCUCGCUGACUAUCGCUCUUGGCUUAUAACAGACAAAUGGACAAAAACCCUGUGUCAGGUGAGAGAGGAAAGUCAAAGGCAUGGUGCACUAGAACACAAAGAGCCAUGUUAUUUAACAGAGCGAGGGGAGUGUGUUUCCCCACUGCCAUGAGGGAACAUAUUUGUUGAGGCACUUCUGAAGGUGGGACAGUAUUUGAUGUAACACCCUAGCAGGGAAUUCCUCAGUCACCGCUGAAGCUCUAUGACUAAAACUGACUGUGUUCACGCUUCCUCGCUCGGAUUCACCGUUCUGUGUGCUCAGUGUUAGCCCAGCAUUCAGCUCCUGCAAGCAGAGCGUAACCCGUUCUUGAUUAAUAGCGACAAGAGGAAGCAUGUCUGGACGUCUGAGAUAUGUAAACUUGCGAUGGAGAAGGCAGGGAAUGAGAGAAUGUGUGAAAGAGUGCAUGGGAGAGCUGAGGAGGCGCAGGAGAGGGAGUGAGAGCUGGGGAGAUGGGUGCAGCUGGUGAAGGGGUUCAUCUCCUUCUGCAUAUAGUUUUUAAUCAGAACCGCCUGUUACGGCUCUAAAUGAUGUCGCUCUGAACCACAGAGAUUUAAAGAGACAUAAACAGGAACAAUGUUGACCCAAUAUACAUAAAUAUAGUAUAUUUAAGUGUAGCACAAAAAAAAAAUACUUUAUUUGUCACCAGCAUUUGAAAACUGAGUGAUAACCAGUGAUGUAUAUCCAUUAAAUACUGCUUUCAAAAAAGGGCAAGGAAACAUUUGACAAAAUUUAUUUGGGGUAAAUAAGGCAGCAAUUUUUGAUGAUUUGAGAUUUGUCCUUGUUUUCUCCAUUCUGCCAGAUCUGGAUUUGUCAGGUUAGUUGUGUAUAGCAGCACAGUGCAGUGAUGCUGAGAGGAGCCUCUGCAUAGACUAUGAUGUGUGUCUUCUGUUAAAUCAAGCAGAAUCUUAAACGUUCUAUAUUUUUUUCUAUCCUGCUAUUUUGUAUGCUCAUGUUCUGAUUUGUCAUUUUUGUGAUUCACAUGCAUCCUAGUUGACUGUUGAGUAACAUUUUUGUCACAUUUGUCGCUGGAGUCCUGUGGAUGAUGCACAUAGCAGGAAUUUACACAAGCCCCAUGAAUGCUAUAAGAGUUUAGUGUUGCUUAGAUGGCAAAAAAAAAAAAAAAUUAAAAAAAAAUAAAA